GUCAUCGAAAGUCGUGAGCGGGUGCCAGAAGGCACCCUUCAACAAUCUACUAUCACUUCAACUCCAGGUGGUUCGAGACUUCACUCUAAUGGUGCACAGGGCGUACGCAUGAGUGUAUUGUCCCUGAUCGAUCUCGCUGGAUCCGAGAAAGCCACCUCUGAUAAAGAAAGGGCGAAGGAAGGCAAAUAUAUCAAUACUAGCGACCACGUUCCUUUCCGAAAUUCAAAGUUGACUCGUAUGCUGCAACCAUCACUCUCUGGCGAUGCCCGAAUUUCAGUCAUUUGUACACUCAAUCCUUCUCCUUCGACUGUUAGUGAAUCACUAAGCACCCUAGGGUUUGCUUCAAGGUUGAAUGCAUCCAAGAAGGAAAUAGUGGACCACGAGGCGUUAAUUGAGCGCUAUCGAAAAGAGAUUGAAGAACUCAAGGCGAAAUUGGUGGAAAAAGAAUCUGCCGAAAAGAAAGUCAACCGAAGGCUCAGUACUCGCGAG